UUUUCAAAAUUUUGGUAUCUCUUUGUUUCCACAAAUCUAUUAUCAUGGUCUCGUUAGCCAUUUUAAUAAUUAAUAUCGGUUUAUUUUAUCUCUUUUUACUGAUGAACAGAGCCGAAGCCCAAGUAACCAGAAUUGUCACCAUUGAGGAAUUUCCAUAUUUGGGCUCACUACGUAACCGCAAAAACGAGUCUAAAUUGGCUGGCAGUGGAUACCUAUGUGAGGCGGCUCUUAUUCAUAAUCGUGUGCUUCUCACAACUGCCGAAUGUAUAGAAGGAAGAAAAGCAGAGGAUGUACUGGGUGUAGUAGGGGCUACGUGCCUGCAAGGCAUAACUACAACAUCCAAAGUACUGGCAAUCGCAACUUUAAGAUGGCAUGGCCUGUAUAAACGUGGCGCAUCAGCCUACAAUAUUGGACUGGCCUUCGCUGAUGAAGAUACACUACCCAUUAAAGGGAAACUUGAAUAUAUACCGAUUGCCAUGACGAGAACAAAACCAUUCACAAAAUGUCUUGGAGUCGGCUGGGCUGUAAAUACUGAUGCAUUGAGCAAUUGGCCAAUUGAACUACCAAACUAUAGUGCCUCCGCAAAAACUUGUUAUAGAGACACACGUACAAUUGGUACGUUUUGCACCUACCAAAGAUUUCGCAGAAGUCCUUCAGCGGACCAUGAUGACUCUGGUAUUCCGAUAACGUGCAACGGUAAACUUGCGGGAGUAUUCAUCUUACAUCCAUCCCAUCGAUUUCAUGUGUUUACAUCUGUGUACGCAUUUAGAAAAUGGAUAAACGGAGCCAUUUACCUCCACUUCAAAAAAGAUCCGCCAGCGAUGGAAGCGAUGGCAUCGAUGGAUGGCUCGAUUUGCUUCCAGUGGCUAUUUGUUUUGGCCAUUAGCAUUUAUUUGGUUGGCUGACCCUAAAAACGUUAAUGUGUAUAAUUCCUAUAUAUGAUUU